CACGAACUGUCCAUAUCGCGCGUGCUCGCGGCCCGCGCACGCUGAACUUGCUUUUCACCCGCCUCGCGCCGCUGGAGGGCGUCAAAGAGCGUCGAUCGUGGCUGCCCCCCACCGCGUCCCUCACCGCACCCUCCCUCGAGCGCUCGUCGCCCAACCGUCCAAAACAAACCCGCGCUCUCCGCCGCCGCCGCAGCCAUGGAGGCCGAGCUCAGAGAGCGCAUCGCCAACACGCUCUCGGCGAAUCUCGCCAUCCGCCAGAGCAGCGAGCUCGACCUGCGCCAUGCCGAAGAAAAGCCCGGCUUCACGGACGCGCUGUUGAACAUAUUGGAGCGCGAGGAGGACGCUGGAGUGCGAUUGUCAACUGCCGUCUACCUGAAGAACCGCAUCUCGAAAGGCUGGUGCCCCGCCGAGGAGUUCAGCCAGGCCAAACCGAUACCAGAGGAGGAGAAGCAGUCCUUCCGGAACCGCCUCGUGCCCGUCCUCGUCGCCUCCCAGCCCCAAGUGCGCGCCCAGCUCAUCCCCACCCUCCAGAAGAUCCUCGCAUACGACUUCCCCCAGAAAUGGCCCAACUUCCUCGACAUCACCAUACAGCUGCUGAAUGCGGGGGACAUUGCGUCGGUGUUUGCGGGCGUGCAGUGCCUGCUGGCAAUAUGCAAGAUCUACAGGUUCAAGUCCGGCGAGAACCGCACCGACUUCGACAAGAUCGUUGCCAUGUCCUUCCCGCAGCUGCUCAAUAUUGGCAAUCAGCUCGCCAACGAGACGAGUCUGGAGGCGGGCGAGAUCCUCCGGACGGUGCUGAAGGUGUACAAGCACGCCAUAUACUUCGAUCUCCCCGCAUCGCUCCGUGAACAGGCCACCAUGGUCGGUUGGUGUACCCUCUUCCUCAGCGUUGUGAGCAAGGAUCCCCCGGAAUGCUCGCUUCCGGAAGACGUGGACGAGCGCGAAACAAACCACUGGUGGAAGGCGAAGAAGUGGUCGUAUGCGAACCUGAACCGGCUCUACGUGAGAUACGGAAAUCCGUCGGCUUUGGGCAAGAACAACGACGUUGACUACACAGAAGUCGCCAAAUAUUUCAUUGCUAACUUUGCGCCCGAAAUUCUCAAAAUAUACUUGCAGCAGAUCGAGAAGUGGGUUGGGAAGCAAGUGUGGUUGUCCAAGGCCAGCUUGUACUACACGCUCAAUUUCCUGGACGAGUGCAUCAAGCCCAAGUCUAUGUGGAACCUCCUCAAGCCGCAUACGGACAACCUCAUCUCACACCUGAUCUUCCCCGUUUUGUGCCAGUCGGACGAGGAUAUCGAGCUUUUCGAGGAAGAGCCCCAGGAGUACUUGCACCGAAAGCUCAAUUUCUACGAGGAGGUCACUUCGCCUGAUGUCGCCGCUACCAAUUUCCUGGUCACUCUGACUAAGAGCCGGCGGAAACAAACAUUUAGCGUGCUCAAUUUCGUCAACGACAUGGUCAACCGGUACGAAGCCGCUCCCGAUACCGAGAAGAAUCCCAGAGAAAAAGAGGGCGCUUUGCGCAUGAUCGGGACGCUCUCUGGUGUCAUCCUGGGAAAGAAGAGUCCUAUCGCAGAUCAAGUGGAAUAUUUCUUCGUUCGCCAUGUUUUCCCUGAAUUCCGGAGCCCCCAUGGGUUCCUCCGAGCGCGCGCAUGCGACACGUUGGAGAAGUUUGAGCAACUUGACUUCAAGGACCCCAACAACCUCAUCAUUAUCUACCGUAAUAUCCUGGAGUCGAUGGCCGAUCCUACGCUACCUGUGCGGGUUGCGGCUGCUCUGGCCCUCCAACCACUGAUUCGACACGACAUCAUCCGAACCAACAUGAAGCAAAAUAUCCCUCAAGUCAUGCAGCAGCUACUGAAACUCGCCAACGAAGUUGAUGUCGACGCCCUGGCCAACGUCAUGGAGGACUUCGUUGAAGUGUUCGCACCGGAACUCACUCCGUUCGCAGUCGCGCUAAGCGAGCAGCUCCGAGACACCUACCUGCGGAUCGUCCGUGAGCUGUUAUCACGGAAUCAAGAUAAGGGCGAAGAUAGCGAAUACGGGGAUUUCCUGGAUGAGAAGAGCAUCACUGCGCUCGGAGUCCUUCAGACCAUUGGUACUCUCAUUCUGACGCUGGAGAGCACUCCCGAUGUCCUCUUACACCUGGAGACGAUCCUCAUGCCGGUCAUCACCAUUACGCUCGAGAAUAAGCUCUACGACCUGUACAACGAGGUGUUUGAGAUCAUCGAUAGCUGCACAUUCGCCGCUAAGAGCAUAUCUGCUACCAUGUGGCAAGCUUUCGAGUUGAUCCAUCGGACAUUCAAGGCUGGCGCCGAGCUGUAUCUUGAAGAUAUGCUACCCGCUCUGGAGAACUUUGUCAACUACGGAACACAGACGCUGAUUUCAAACCGCCCGUACCUUGAAGCCAUUGUGGACAUGGUACGAACGAUCUUCAAAGACGACAAAGUCGGAGGAGUUGACCGCAUAUGUGGCUGCAAGCUUGCCGAAAUCAUCAUGUUGAACAUGCGCGGCCACGUCGAUGAAUACGUUCCAGAGUUCAUCUCGCUCACCAUGCAGGUUCUCACCAACGACGAGCCGAAGGUCAAGUCCCUACGAAUACAUCUCAUGGAAGUUGUUAUCAACGCUAUUUACUACAACCCGGUCCUAGCGCUGCACGUGCUCGAGACCAACGGCUGGACCAACAAAUUCUUUAGCCUGUGGUUCUCAAGCAUCGACAGCUUCACAAGGGUGCACGACAAGAAGCUGUGUAUCUCAGCAAUCUGUUCGCUUCUCACCUUGAAGGGCCAGGACGUCCCAGUCAGUGUCCAGCAAGGAUGGCCUCGCCUGCUUCAGGGCAUCGUGCGCCUGUUCCAGACGCUUCCGGCCGCUAUGAAGAACCGCGAAGAGGCAAAGAAGGAAGACAACUUUGAAUUUGCGAACGACUACGACGAGGAAGAGGACGAGGAGUGGGAGCAGGAAAAUGACUGGAACAACGAAGCCGACGAGGCAGAAGACGUCAAAGAUGAGAGUGCUGCCUAUCUGGAAUUCCUCAACGAAGAGGCUCAGAAGUUCUCCGCCGUUAGCGACGAGGAUGACGAUGAGCUUGAGGAAGAAAGCCUCCUCGAGACGCCGCUGGACAAAGUUGAACCCUACGUCAUGUUCAAGCAUGCUCUGCUACGCCUCCAACAAGAACAACCCGCUCUGUACGAGAACCUCACAAAGAACCUCAACCCUGAAGAACAGCAAGUUGUUCAAGCCGCGGUUCACCAAGCCGACGUCAUUGCCCAGCAAGCCGCCCAAGCGGCUGCACAGGCUCAAGUGGCUGCGCAAACCGGCCAUGCGAACGGAAAUCCAGUGGCGGGCCAACAGUAGCUUCCCUCAACCCCUCAUCCUUCCCUCGCCUCCUCCCCAAAAUAUAGAUAGUUCAGCCUGACUGUUGGAUUUUCCUAAUACCACUUGACCCUGUUUAGCGAGCAUUCUGGCACGUGAUUUCGUUCAAGAGAACCCCCUGGCGUUGGUGCACGCGUUUGAUGGUGAUUCGGCGGCUUGCUUGACGGGAAUGGCGUACUCGCGGGGUUGGAGGCUUCGAUACGGCGAUCUUUAACUGGUUGCGAGAGAAGGAGUCAUGAAGUUGGCUGUUACAGAUAGUGUGUGGGCAACCACUGAAAAUGUCGGCCUACUGUGCCGGGUGCGAGGAAGAGACGGAAUGAAGAGGUUGAUCAUGGGAGAUGGAUGAGUGGACGGAUUUGCUGCAGUUGAUAGUAUUCCCCUCCGUAGGAUUAGAGAAGGAAGGAUGGUUUGGCAAGGC